AUGCACUCACCCGUUCGGCACGGAAAUGAAAGUGAAUGGAAAGUCAUCUACAAUGGACAAGACCAUCAACACUUGUCCAAUGACAGGCAGACUCUAGCACGACCACUUUCCAUUCCAAAGUCCAUGAGCAUCCUAUCCGACAAGAAAACAGAUCUUUCAACUGUUACCGAGCUAGUCUCUCCAAGACUGAAGCUACCCAAGUUGGGGAAUGACACUGUGGAAAGGGUAUUCCCAGUUCGCUCUGUUGUCUCCUUCGACUCGACCCCUUCGUCAGCUCUUCAAACGCCUUCCUUGGAUAAACUUGAGAGUCCGAUCACACCAUUUGCAGACUCAGUCCGGGCUAAUGGAACGCCCGAUGAGAGAACAGGAAUGUAUUCCAGGAAGUCUAUGAGAGAUACUGAGUCCCUGCCACGAAGACCGAAUUACUUGACUCGCAUGCGCCAACAGCCAAGCCUAUCCAACAUCUCGCCUUCCAUCCUGAGGCCCAAAACACAUGGUCCAGAUUCACGUUCCUUUAAUGACAGAUCUCCUCACCCAUCGAGUGGUAGGUCGAAUGAAGACUCCAGUCUAUCCGCUCAACUACAGAACACAAUACGCGAAAGUGCAGAUGUAUUGGCAAGGGAUGAGUUGACCCAAGGGCUCGGAUAUUUCUAUGAAGAUGAAACCAAUUUGGUUGUUCAGCCUUUUGGUGCACUGCUUGUUGUUUCGUUCUUGAACGGACCUAUCAUCGUCCAAGCUGCAAGUAGCAACUCAGGAGAGAUUCUGGGCUAUUCCCCUGAUGAUCUGUUCAGUUUGUACUCCAUCAUGCAUAUAUUGCCAAUUUUGGAGUACAAAAAAUUCUUCUCUCAUAUUGGUCGUGUCUCAGAUGAUGAUUAUGAUGUGCAGUUGUGUGGGCCUGAGGUUUUCUCCCUUUCGAUCUCAACGCGACAAGGUGGUACAACGAAUUUCUGGUGCACCAUGCACACCAGUCGAGUGUAUCGAGGCUAUAUCAUCUGCGAACUAGAGCGCGGUACACCUGAUAUCAAUGAAAAACAAGAAGCCUCUGGCUUUGCAGACACUGCGCCAGUCACCGAUUAUCGAGCCAGGUUUGAUGAAUCAGAGCUUCUGAACACUCUUCCACGAAUCGUACAAAAAAUCUCAAGUACCCAAACACUUGAAUCUCUUGUUCAUCAGACCAUGUCGAGUCUGCAACAGUUAACUCUGUUUGAGCGCAUAACGAUGUACCACUUUGAUAGUGAUCAGAAUGGCAUCGUUGUUGCCGAUUGGACCGAUGCAUCACUCGAUUUAGAGUCCUGCGAGGGCCUUAAGUUCCCUGAGUCUUCAUUCCCAGAUGAGAUGAAAAAGCAGUAUCUCCGAAAUGCAGUCUCUUUUGCCUACAGAAAAGACCAAGAUUUCGCAGAAUUGAGAUAUCGUGCAUCAACCAUCAAGAUGGGACUGGACUUGUCUCAUUGUUAUCUCCUAGCAUCCCCAGGCUCCUCAGAGGUCAAAUCAGAUCUCCCUAUUCAAGCAUGUAUAUCGAUCGGUAUUUAUGCUUUUGGAAAACUAUGGGGACUGGUGUCUUGUCAAUCAUAUGAUGAGAACACACGACUUCGACCACUUGUUCAGCGAGCCUGCUGGCUAUUGAGCGAAACAAUUUCGAGCAACAUCGAGCGCUUAUCAUACACCUUACCAUUUCAUGCGCAGCCAAAUCCAUCUAGCAGGGGCAGUGAUGUAAAGCCAGAGCUUCAAACACCUUCUGGUGAUCUUCUUGGUCUGUUUGGUGCGGAUUAUGCCGCAGCAUCUAUUUUGGGAGAGACGAAAAUUCUAGGCAAACCACCCGACUCCCAGGAAGCAUUAGCCUUACUGGAAUAUCUUCGUGCCAAAGAGCUAAGCACUGUUCUAUGGUCGACAGACAUCCUUUCAGACUUCGGGGAUCUCGAUUACUCCCCCGGUUUCCGCAAUAUUUCCGGUCUAAUAUACAUCCCGCUUUCAGCAGAUGGACAAGACUUCAUCGUCUUCUUCCGAAGAGAGAUUGGAACGGAGCAAAAGGCACGAAAUGUUGAAUGCAAUCGAGCUGCACCAUGGGGUCAGCCUAGCGACGGUGAGAACCUGAAGACUCGUCAGACAGAAUGGUCGGCAGCCGAGCUUGGAAAAGCAUCGAUAUUGUCCUUGCUAUAUCGCACCUUCACUGAGAUCUGGCAAGAGAAAGAAGCUACGAUGCAAAAUAACCAGCUUAUGCGCCUUCUCCUUGCUAACUCUGCGCAUGAAUUCCGCACUCCACUCAACGCUAUCAUCAACUAUCUUGAGAUCGCUUUAGAUGGAAAUAUCAACCAAGAAACACGGGAUAACUUAUCGAGGUCCCACUCGGCGUCGAAGUCGUUGAUCUACAUUAUCAACGAUUUGCUUGACCUGACAAACGCAGAGAACGGCCAGAGAUUGAUUAAAGACGAGGUCUUCAAUUUAUCUGAUACCCUUUGUGAAGCGACAAAUAUCUUCUGGGAGGAGGCAAGACAGAAACACGUCGAUCUCCAGGUUGUGCAGCAUGCAGUAUUACCUGCAGUUCUUGGCGAUCAACGGCGUGUCCGUCAGGUUAUUACCAAUUUGAUAAGUAAUGCUGUUCAGCAUACAUCAACUGGUGCAGUGACUAUCGAAUCAUGCGUUUUACCCGAGUCUUGGGAACCAGAUCGCAUUUCGGUAGAAGUUGCAAUUCACGAUACCGGGUCUGGUAUGUCUCAAGAGGCAGUGGAGACACUUUUCUGUGAAUUGGAGCAAGUCUCAAACAAAGAAUACAUGCAGAAUCCUCCAUCCUAUAGCGACAAAUCAGAUCUGUCCGCUUUGGAGACGGAGAGUGUUCUAGGACUGGGUCUUGCCUUGGUGGCAAGGAUAGUCCGAAAUAUGGAUGGACAACUUAGUCUCAAGUCUGAAGAGGGAAAGGGUAGUUGUUUCAAGAUCCGAUUGAAGUUUCCGUUGCCACCUGAGGAAGUUACAUCUAGUUUUCCUCAGGCUUGCACUCGUGGAGGCUUGCAGUCUGAUGCAGGUGCAGAGGAAUAUGAUUCCCAGAAACCGAAUGAGCAAAUUCGCCACAGCCAGCAAGCAAGCGGUGGUCAGUAUGAGUCGAACCGGGAGAUCCAAGAAAAGGACGGAGUUUCUUGUUGCUGCGGUGAGCCCAUAAUGUCCGAAUCUGCCAUUGGUAGAAUAGAUAGUCCUCUCGUGGAUGCAGAUGUUACUCUUCUGAAUGGAGAGUCGCGAAAUCUCACGAUUCUAGCCUCGGGCACCAAGGUUGAAGACAAGGUGCCUUUGAGGUCAAAUAAAACCGAACCAUUCGUCAAGUCAAAGCCUAUCUCUCCAGAUGGGGUGGAAACGCCAGAAAUUCCAAUAAAUCAACAACUCCGUGUUCUCAUCGCAGAGGAUGACCCCAUUAAUAGCUCAAUCGUUCAGAAGCGACUUGAGAAGUUCGGGUAUUCUGUUCGCAUGACUGGAAAUGGCAAGGAGUGUGCAUCCGUGUACAACGAAAGUCCGAAUUGCUUUGAUGUGAUUCUCAUGGACAUUCAGAUGCCCAUAGUAGACGGGUUAAAUGCUACGAAGAUGAUCCGUCAACAAGAAUGGCUGCAUUCAACAGACCAUGAUAGGACUCCAGUUUUUGCCGUUUCAGCUUCCCUCGUCGAAAAGGAUCGUCAGAUCUACAUGGAUGCCGGUUUUGAUGGAUGGAUCAUGAAGCCGGUUGACUUCCAGCGAGUGCACCAACUUCUUGAUGGAGUUUUGUCGGUAGAAAGUCGAAUCAAGGAUGUCUAUGAACCUGGAAUGUGGGAGCAAGGAGGCUGGUUUGAGUGA